AUGUUGCCCAUUUUAUUCCCUGCAUUUAUCCUGUCUGCUUGCUGCUUAACCAAAGGGAACUGCAUCUCCUAUGAUGAGCUGAAAGAGCUGAAGACUGAAUUUGCCAUCACUCUCUAUCGGCACAUGUCUGAAGCAGAGAACAGGACCAAUCUGGUAGUCUCUCCAGCAAGUGUGGCUGUUUCUUUGGAGCUGCUGCAAUUUGGAGCUCGAGGAAAUACCUUUACUGAGCUACAAGAUGCCCUAGGAUACAGCAUUCAUGAUCAAAGCGUGCAGGAUUUCAUGCACACGAUGGACCAAGCAGUGACUGACUCCGGCCAAGGCACAGUGGUCCAGCUGGGAUGUUCCCUUUUUGUGGACGCGAGUGUGCAUCUCUUGCCCGACUUUGCAGAGCGUGCCGGGCGCUGGGCCAACAGCAGCCUGCUGCAAACCAACCUCACUGACCCCAACACCACCCACAUACAGGGAUGGAUCACCACUGACCUUGCAGAUGGGGAUGUGCGUGGGAUGACCUUGGAGAGUGCUGGGUCAUCGUUCAGCCAGGUCACCCUGGUGAGCACCCUGUACUUCAGAAGCAUGUGGCAAAAAAAGUUUUCCUUUAUGGAUUCCCAGAUGUUGCCUUUCACCACACCAGAGGGCUCGACCCUGAAAGUGCCCACCAUGCACCACACAGCUGAAGUUAACUAUGGCCAGUUCCAGACUGCAGCUCUGGAGGCUUUCAGCGUGGUCGAGUUACCCUACCUAGGGGAGAAACUCAGCAUGUUCCUAGUGCUUCCCAGCCACAAAAGAACACCUUUGUCCCAGAUUGAGUCUCAUCUUUCUGCCAAAACCAUAACGCUCUGGGCCAACAGCUUGAAGAGAACAAAGAUGGACAUUUUUCUGCCUAGGUUCAGUAUUCAAAGCCUUUUUGACCUAAAGACAGUUCUUUCUGCCUUGGGAAUUAGAGAUGCAUUUGAUCCCAUCACUGCUAAUUUUAAAGGCAUUUCAGAGCAAGAUGGUCUUUAUAUUUCAGAAGCUAUUCACAAAGCAGAGAUUGAAGUAACAGAAGAGGGUACAAAGGCAUCAGGAGCUACAGCAAUGGUCUUACUAAAAAGAUCUCGAACACCUAUUUUCAAAGCAGAUCGACCUUUCACAUUUUUCCUGAGGCAAGUUAAUACAGGUUCAGUACUUUUUAUAGGAAGAGUUACAAAUCCUUCAUAA